GUUCGUUCAAAUUUGGAAUUUUAUUGACACAAUAUACCGGUGGUGAACUUAAUGAAUAGUUUAUGCAACAUCGUUUUAUUUGUGACAAACGGUGGAUUAACUGAAAAGGAAAUGUCAAAAGUAAAGGUCAAUAGUGAAAUUUACUAGAUCAAUGACGGACGUUACCGACAGGUGUCACAUUCGUUUCGAGAAAUUCUGGUUUAGACCAUGUCAUCAGUGACUGUAGGGGAUCAAGUUUGAUGUCGCAAAAUCAGGUUCUGCAGCCACCAUAUCAUCAGAUAUGACCUGUGGAAGAGAUGCAGCUAAUGGAAUACGAAUGAGAUCGGAAUGUUGUCUAACCUGAGUGUAACAGAUUUUCCAUGGCACUUGAGAGCAAUACGAUGGUGUUCAUUUAUAGUAAUUUUAAUGAUACCAAUACGUGCAAACAACAGCAGACAUGGUACAUUUGACUAUGCCAGCACAAACUGUUUCCAUCAUGGAGGAAUGGCGUAUAUCGAUACUGUGACAAAGUCUCUACUUACGGAUUAUAAAAUGAACGACUGUAGUCUUGCAAAUAAUUUAGGACUUAACGAUGGUGAAGCAUUGUGGAUACAUCAACAAGCUGAACUUGGAACUUAUAUCACAUAUCACGGUUGUGCCACAGCAUUACCCAAGGAUUUCACAUUGAAUUUAACAGGAAAACCUUCCUUGUUUCAAUGUACGAAAGAGUGCUUGGCGCGUGGAUCGAUGAAUUACAUAGGUUUCUAUAAUGCCCAAUGUUAUUGCAUGGCUGAUGACCAUUCGGUCUUAGAAUGUUCGGGUUCAAGCCAUGCCGCCGUUUACCGCAAAUUUCAGUUUGAUGUAAAAGAAGGAAAACACCGAUGCAUUGUUGCCAAACUAAAUAACAGUCAGUUUGGUUACACAAGCACUAAAUGUUCCGAUGCACAUUCAGGAGUUUGUGUUGAUCGCAGUGCGCAUUCAAAGCUCCAACGUAACUGUACGAAAUAUUACUAUACAUCUUCUGAGAUCGGACGAGAUUUUUGUGUUCCACCAGAAACAUACAUCAAAGAUGAAAUAAAAGCAACAUGUUCAAAAUACAAUGGUAAAUUGACCCCGCACCUUUAUCAAGGUAUCAACCAUCACCUGGACGACGGAUUGUACUUUCAAGACAGUUUCCUUACGUUUGAUCCACAAACUCCUGGAGAGUAUUUCGGGUCGGAAGAGUUUCUAGCAUGCUUGUCAAUUACAAAGCAAGGUUGCAUGCUUGUACUGGAAACAGAAAAAUGUGACAAUGUAAACAGAUAUCUUUGCGAUGCGGAAAUUCAUUUAAGUAAGCAGACAGGAGCAGCAACUGGCAUGGAUCCGAACGACAUUGAACUAUAUUUGUUAAUAUGUUUGUUAAAGACAAUGAUUACAUACAUAUUGUAAUACAUUGCUUUAUUGUCAUUUUGACUCUGCAAAAUUGAAUCCUUAUUUAUCUUUUACUCUAAUUAGCCACCAGACAUAUCUGUUCAUCCAUAUGCAAUCUAAUACUUUCGGUAUUUAUACAAGUAAUAAUAAAAUAUAUCUUUUAAAAUUGCGCUUUUUAUGAGUUAUAACCGAUUUUAGUUAUUCCUGAAGGAAUUGUCAUUACCGCCGUUCUGUUAUCGGGGAAGCCGGCAAGUGUCUCAUGAAAAUUUGUUUCAUUUUCGAACAUAUUAAUGGUAUUUGCAUAUUUUAAUGUAGCGUAUAAUUGUCUGACAAUGUCGAUUAUUAAUUUAAACAAUUUUCUUAACGGAUACUUUUUAUCCUGUACUUACCUAAACUGAUUUGUUGUUGCACUAUUUUGUAACAUCUGUGCGUUUUUAAGUUUGAAUUCAAAGGUUGUCAAAUUAUGAUUGUUGUGAUAAUUGCAAGUGAUUCAAUGUUAAAUGGCAGUUAACUGAUAUCCUUAUGGCAACAGUAACUACACUGUUUAAAUAAUUGUUUAACCCGAUGUUUAUGCAUAAUAUUACUUGUUAUUUACUCUGCCGAAGUACCAACUUUAAAGUCUCAGUACCACUUAGGAUUGAACAAUUAGAGAAAAUAAAUACAUCACUGUAUAUAACAAUGAUAGUGUAAUAUGUGCUUUCUGUCAUUUGGAAUUGCAUCAUCAUUGCACGGUUAACAUUCAUUCCAAUCGUUCAUACAUGUCCAUCGAUACAUAAUGUGAUACUUGGGGUUUGUGUUGAAGUAAUCUUUUAAUAAUUACUUAUCAUAGUCUUUGUUAAAUGCAACAAUGUAUUUCAUAAAUGCAUAUCUUAAUCAAUGCAGUUUUAUAAAUGGAUGUGUCUUGAAAAUAUACUUAACAUUUAACCAAAUUUCCAUUUUAACUGAAUGCCAAUAUAAAGAUACUUUACAAAAUAUUUGUUUAAGUAAAUGAACUAACAAGAGAUGAGUUUCAAUAUAAUAGUUUACAUAAAAGCAUGUUUGCUUCAUUCAAUACCUUGCUUGGUUACCAUUCUCAUUUUGGGUCGUUCAAUCGUCCGUAUAUUGACAUUUGGAUAAAAUCUAGACGGAAACGUAUUGUUUUAGUUGGAUUCAGUUGAUUUGAGAUCCAAUGAUAUAAAGAAUCAACUCGCCAUGGCUUCCAAACCUUGACGGCUACGAUUGUUCGACAGCCAUAACUUUUGUUUUAAACUUAAAGCCAAAUUGGAUGACAAAUAUAUCUUGCUAUCAAUUGGUAAACAGGGUUUGUGUGUUACUGAAAUAUGCAUAACACUGUAAACAUCAUUCCAGCUACGUCUGUUAUGUGGUCUAAUGUUUAACGAUUUUUCUUAUUUUUCUUUUGCGUGUAAACGUAUUUCAAAUAAGGUGUACCUAUUUACUACUGUCUACUUCCCCUCUAGAUAGUUGAUAUGAUAUUGUCAUAUUUGUUAUACAAACAUAUAAUAAUUUCAAUUCAUUUAUUUUUCUGGCUUUUGAAUUAUUGCCAAUCAUGGUAAAACAAAGCUCCAUAUUCUAAGAAAUCUUUUUUUUUAACCUUGUUAAGUGGUUUGUUCCUUUUCAUUGAAAUUAUUAUUAUUGAACGGUUGCAAUUGAACAAAAUAUUGCAGCCGUUAAUUGUCUCAUGUAUAAUGAGUGAUUCAUUACGAUACGGUUUGGGUACAAGCGUAUGUUUGUAAACUUAUGUUGCAAAAGCUCUCGUUUUCAAAAAAAUACUUUAAUCACAUUAGAAUGAUAACUAAACUAUAUAUCCUUGCUUUUUUGCAGAUGAUAUUCAUAAUGAUAUUAUAUAAAAUUGUUUUCAGAAGCAGAUGAUAUGUUAUACCAUUACUUAUAUUUACCACUGAUAAAAUAUGUUUGACAAUGUUAUCAUGCAUUGCAGUCAAUGUACGUUAUACACGUUUGAAUAAAUGUCUGUUAGAUUGUGUUUAAAACACCUCAACCUUGUUGUUCAAUUUCGGUAAGUCGUUGUUUGGAUUUCCAUUUGGUGUAUAGGUGGCUUAUGUGAAUAUAUUGUUUUAGAUUUCUUUUAGGGUUUGUAAGAUCAACCUCGAUGUAAUAUUACUAAAAACAGAACACGUUUUGAUUAAUCAUUUAAGAUAGCACUGAUGAAUGGCGAUGAGAGUCAUUGUGUACGAAGCUUAUCUUAAGUUCGAUAGUAGUUUGAGUA